AUGGCGGAGACGAUCAAAUGCAUUUCUGGGAUGGAGCCUCAGGCCAUUCUGGCCAAACAACAGUACCCCAACGGCAUCUCGCAGAGCAUGUUUUCCGUCUUUGACAAGUGCAAGGACAAGAAGCGCAUGAUUGCACCAACACUGCUGAAGGGCGUCACGAUCGCCAAGCUCUGGGAGAGCAUUUUUUCCAACUCAUCGGACUUCCUUAAGCGAUAUCACGAAAGACGGAAAGAAACCGAGGUGGAGGUGGGGAAGUGGGUGUAUUUAAACGAAAUGGGUAGUGGAUAUCGCACCGUAUCUCUCCUCACUGUUGUGGACAUACCAAAAGUUGGGAGUGUCACACAAUUGAAUGAGGUUCAUCGCUUUUCGUACACAAUUUCGUCCAGCGGGGCUGUGCUGCUUCUGUACCAUAUUUCAUCCCAGACCCCAAAUGUCCCUGCUGGUCAAUCGUUUCGCACGGAAGCCUUUUUGGAAAUUACUGCUGAAUCUCUCAAUGGCGACUGCACUAUUUGCGUCUGGGGUGGGUGUAAAAAAAUGAGCAUGGCGUUCGCAGCCAUCCAAUACAUGGCGGUGCCGCGAGCCAUUCGUGAAAUGACAAAUGGAUACCGGUUGAUGCUUCAAAUGAUUUCUGAGGAUUUGUUGGGUGAUGCGGUGAAGGUUGCCACCGAGGACGAAGACGCGAAUGGAGACGGCCAGAAAGAUGGUAAAGACGCCGAGUACGGUGGUGCUGACGGUGGGGGCGAUGGCGGUUACCAGGCACCGGGUAUGGUAUUCCAGGGACUGAUGCUGAUGCUUGCAAUUGUUGUCACAAUUUCUAUUCUUUGCUCCAUAUCAACAUUGCGAAGUACUGCCCAAAUCUCAACAAUGAUUUCCUCUCAGCUUGUUGAUGGGGGCAUGCAAGGAGGUGCCUCACGCAGUUCUUUGAGUGGCAACUUAAACUUGCACCACUCCACCGGGGUGGGGACUGCACGCGGCCCAAUAACACAAGACCAGGCUCUUCGUUACGCCGCUAGAGAUGCACAAAUUCAGUCUCUUCGUUACCGUUGGAUAGAGCAACGUGUCACCGUACAGAAACUGGAAUCUACCGUUGCACGUCUGUGGUGGAUGAACGUGUUGCAGUUGGUCUUCAUGGUGCUUUUGUUGAUGAAAACUUUCUUUUUUUGA